AGACACGGUUCCUUGUGACGCACGGCAUAGGGUUCCUGCCGCAGUGUGACCAGAUCAUAGUCAUGGAUGGUGGGAGGAUCACUGAGGCCGGGGCCUACUCCGAGCUCAUCGACGCCGACGGAGACUUUGCAGAGUUCAUCAGGACCUUCUCUGCCACGGAGGAGAACGAGGAGGGAGACCCCUUGUUCAGUGAGUACACGGAGUAUGAAGACGAGAUGGUGGGGGAGCCAGUUCCUGAUGACUCCUCCACUCUGGUCCACCACGGACUCUACGAUGACGAUGAGACCAGGGCUCGCAGGCUGGCCUGGAGGAAACACCACUCCAAGUCCCGGGAGGCUUCAUUCUCAAAGCCGGAGCUGAAGCGAGGGACGUCUAGGACUGACCUCAUUCGCCAGCUCUCCAAGCAGAAGUCUCUUCUGGAGCAGCAGGCGGCAGCAGAGGAGAAGGAGGCAGAGAAGAAGAACGUUCUCAUCACAGAGGAGAGAGCCGAAACUGGAUCGGUGAAGCUGUCAGUAGUCAUAGCCUACAUGAAGGCGUGUACAUUCUCCGUGACAGGUCUGGUCACUCUGUUCUAUGUCCUCACCAACGGGUCGUCGGUCGGCUCCAACUUCUGGCUGGCCCACUGGAGUAACCAGGAGAGUUCAGCCGGAUCUUCUUCCACUGACAUAGGGAUGUUCCUGGGUAUAUAUGCAGGACUGGGAUUCUCUCAGGCUCUGUUUGUCCUCUUUGCCGCCUUUGCCCUGGCAAUGGGUGGGAUACUUGCCUCGAAGAAGCUCCACAACUCCAUGCUCGACAGCAUCAUGCGCUCUCCGAUGUCGUUCUUUGACACCACCCCCCUCGGGCGGAUACUCAACCGGUUCUCAAAGGACGUGUACACCAUUGACGAGACAAUCCCUCGGUCACUGCGAGGGUUCAUCAUGACUGUGUUCACUGUUGUGUCAACCAUCAUUGUCAUUCUCAUCGCAACUCCCAUCUUUGCAGUGGUCAUCAUCCCCCUUGGCUUCCUCUAUGCCUUCAUACAGAGGUUCUACGUGGCCACAUCUCGUCAGCUGAAGCGAGUCGAGUCCAUCACUCGCUCUCCCAUCUACACACAUUUCCAGGAGUCCAUCACCGGGGCCUCUAGUAUCAGAGCCUACGGUCAGCAGGUCCGCUUCAUCGAGGAGAGCGAGAGGAGAGUGGACAACAAUCAGAUCGCCUACUACCCCUCCAUCUGUGCCAACAGGUGGCUGGCCAUUCGUCUGGAGUUCAUCGGGAACCUGAUUAUCCUGUUUGCGGCCCUGUUUGCCGUGAUUCAGAGCAUCUACGGCGAGAGUUUGCACCUGCCCAUCAGUGCAGGGUUGGUGGGACUCUCCAUCAGCUACGCUCUCCAGGUGACCCAGUCACUCAACAUGAUGGUCAGAAUGACUAGCGAGCUGGAGACCAACAUCGUAGCCGUGGAGAGGACCAAGGAGUAUGCAGACACUGAGAAUGAGGCCCCUGCCAUUGUCCCUGAUAAUCGUCCCCCAGACGGCUGGCCGACUCACGGCCACGUCAAGUUUGACCGCUACUCCACCCGCUACAGAGAAGGUCUGGAUCUUGUCAUCAGAGAUAUACAGGCCGAGGUGCCUGGAGGAACUAAGGUUGGUAUAGUGGGGAGGACUGGUGCUGGCAAAUCUUCUCUCACUCUGGCCCUGUUCCGUAUCAUCGAGCCAGCCUCUGGCUCCAUUGUUAUUGACCACUGCAAUGUGGCGGCUCUGGGACUCCAAGACCUACGCUCCAGGAUCACCAUCAUUCCCCAGGAUCCAGUGCUGUUUUCCGGGACUCUGAGAGUGAAUCUGGAUCCGUUUGAGAGCUACAGCGACCAGGACGUGUGGGCGGCUCUGGAGAGCUCUCACCUCAAGGCCUUUGUCUCCUCUCUCCCUGAGAAGCUCCUCUACCCCAUCGCAGAGGGAGGGGAAAACCUCAGUGUUGGACAGCGUCAGUUGGUGUGUCUGGCGAGAGCUCUGCUGCGGAAGACCAAGGUCCUGGUGCUGGACGAGGCCACGGCGGCCGUGGACCUGGAGACCGACGACCUCAUUCAGAAGACCAUCCGCUCAGAGUUUGCCGACUGCACCAUCCUCACCAUCGCCCACCGCCUCAACACCAUCAUGGACUACGACAGGAUCCUGGUGUUGGAUGCUGGGCAGAUGAAAGAGUUUGCAGCUCCCAAUGAGCUCCUCAGCAACAAGAAGAGUAGUUUUUACUCCAUGGCAAAAGAUGCUGGCCUGGUGGCCUAGCUCAAACAACUACCUACUGGUCCUUCACCUACAGAAAAGUCCUCUAGUAUUAUUAUAAUUAUACCAUGCAUACCGGUGCAAAGUAAUAAUGAUUUUACCU